AUGUUUUUAGGAAUGUGCAUUGGAUGGGCUGUUCGAAAAUGCAAUUGUGCUGCGUGUGUGUCGUUUGUACGUUGUAAUGACGAUGAAGCUUGCGGAGGCCUAAAAGAUGCUUGUCAAGACGGUUACUGUGACUGCGAUAUAGGCUUUCGCAGCAAUGGACUUCGAUCGAGAAGACAUGCACUUAAAGUGUUUUGCAAUAUUGAAGACUGUGAUCCUAGAAGUGAUCUUGGAAGCUGUUAUGGCCUACCGUGUAAUCCAGGCAUUUGCAUUUGUCCGCCAGAGAAGUAA